AUGCAAGGUGGCAACGGUUGGUUGUCCUUUCCCCUGUGCAUUGCCCCCCACCUUCUCCUCACUAUGGGGGUCAUGCUGGACACUCUCAUGGCCCUGACCCAAGUAGAAAAUGAAGUGGAUGAGGCACAGUAUUCUGUUAGGUCAAUUAAAAAGAAUUACAUUUACGGCAACAGCCACCAUAAAGUGAAUGUCUAUGUCAGAGUAUACAGAGACAGCCCCUUUCUAGUCUGCAUGGACUUGUCUCUUUCACAAAGUGAAGUUAUAGACCCCAAUUACCUAUGGAUUGGGCCAGAUGGACAGAACCUAAAACGAAACAGCUAUGUGAAUCUCACGGCAACUGGAAAGAUGAUGGUACUCGGUUUUAGGGAGCACAUGUCUGGAUCUUACACUUGCACACUUUCUUACAGAGUUUUCCGAUCUGACAUGAAAGCAGAACAAGAAAGAUUCAAGACAUAUAGAUUUAUGGUUUAUGCAUAUCGAGAACCAGAUUACACAUAUCGAAUGUCUGUUCACUUUACAACCAAAGACUGUCAUCUAGCAGCAAAUGAACAAUUCUUUGAAGAGUUAAAUAAAAUCUUGAACAACCUGAUUUCUCACCUGAUGUGUCACAUCAUAGAGCCGUCAUACAGGUGUUAUUCUGUCAAGCGACCAAAACAUGGGCUAGAAGAUGAGCUGUUCAUUGUCUUUCAAGUCAGCCCAUUUGCUCCUGGUUGGGAAGUUAUUUGCCACAAGGUUACCCAUGACUGUGAAGAUGUGACCAACAGUCGUGCUCAAAAGGCCCAAUGGCUCAUUGAAGAGUUUUUCCGCAGGCAGCAGUAUAUCCUGAGACAUGAGUUUCAGAACAGCCCUGCAAUCCAUUAUGUAGACCAUAGUUUCCAAGUCACUCGCCUGGACAGCUGUCACCCUGGGUUUGGGAAGAAUGACAUCAUCCACAAUGACUGUGCAAAUUGCUGUGUGGCCUGUGACCCUGGGAGCUACAGCCCAAACAACGCAGUGGUCUGCCAGCCAUGUAAAAGCAUUCGGAUUAAAUACUAUGGAGCAAAAUCCUGCUAA